AUGCCUAGCGUAUCAACCAUCCUCAAGGGCCUAGUUGCCCUGGCGCCUCUUGUGGCUGCCGCUCCCGCAAACUAUGCCCGUCAAGAGUCGGCUUCCAAGUCGAGCUCAAUGGUCAUGUCGUCCGCUACUCCCGCGGCGGCAGCCAUUACGGAAACCGCAGGAGAGGCCGCCUCUCCUGCUGCUGCUGCACCGGCGGCAGCAGCAACAUUGAGCGAUGUUGACAUCCUCAACUUUGCUUUGACCGCCGAGCAUCUCGAAUCUGAAUACUACAAGCAGGGUUUCGCCAAGUUUUCCAUGUCAGACUUCAUGGCUCUCGGCCUCAGUGAAGGCCAGGUCAAGUCUCUGAUGGGUGUUGGACAAACUGAGGCUACUCACGUCACUACUCUGCAGUCCGCCAUCGCAGGAGCAGGUGCAAAGCCCGUCGAGCCUUGCCAAUACAACUUCGACGCCGCCCUUGCCAGCGCUGACUCCAUGGUCAAGACCGCCCGUGUUCUUGAGGCUGUCGGUGUCUCUGCCUACCUUGGUGCCGCUCCCCUUGUCAACUCUUCUGACAUCCUCUCGGCUGCCGGUUCCAUCGUCACUGUCGAGGCCCGUCACCAGGCAUUCAUCCGUAUCGCAUCUGGCGCCGAGCCAGUCCCUGCCGCUUUCGACACUGCUCUCCAGCCCCGCGCUGUCUUCACCCUGGCCGCUCAAUUCAUCAAGUCUUGCCCCGAAGGAUCCAACCUCAACAUCCAAGCCUUCCCUGCCAUCGCUCUCCAGAACCCCGAAAAGGCUACCGUUGGUCAGAACCUGAAGCUUGCCGACCCCGCUCAGCCAGCCGGUGCCUCUUUCUGCGCUUUCGUCGGACCUGGCGGCAACCAGUUCACCAAGAUUGCUGACGGCAACUGCAUGGUUCCCCAGGGCCUCCAGGGUGAAGUCUACAUGAUGAUCACCAAGAGCGAGUCCGUUGCCGACGCCGAGGUCCUUGCCGGUCCCUCCGUUAUCCAGCCCUCGUAG